AACUGCAAAAAAUUUACGGGCAUCCAUACGACCCCUAAGAUACACACGGUACGAAAUCUUUGCUGACAACCGCCGAUCUCCCAAUAAACCCCAAAAUACAAAACCCUAAAACGAGAAAAUCCGAAGAAGAAUCAAAUCAUGAGUCGAGGAACUGGAGCUGGAUACGAUCGCCACAUCACAAUCUUCUCCCCAGAAGGUCGCCUCUAUCAAGUUGAGUAUGCGUUCAAGGCAGUGAAAGCGUCCGGGAUCACAUCGAUCGGCGUCAGAGGAAAGGACUCCGUCUGUGUCGUCACGCAAAAGAAAGUCCCGGACAAGCUUUUGGACCAAACAAGCGUCACUCAUCUUUUUCCCAUUACAAAGUUUCUUGGUUUGCUGGCGACUGGGAUGACAGCUGAUGCAAGGUCAUUGGUCCAGCAAGCACGGAAAGAAGCAGCUGAUUUUCGCUUCAAAUGGGGAUAUGAGAUGCCCGUGAAUGUAUUGGCUAAGUGGAUUGCCGACAAAUCGCAGAUCUAUACUCAACAUGCCUAUAUGAGACCUCUUGGAGUUGCUGCUAUGGUUUUGGGUAUUGAUGAAGAAAAUGGUCCUCAGCUAUUCAAGUGUGACCCAGCGGGCCAUUAUUUUGGUCAUAAGGCUACAAGUGCCGGACUGAAAGAACAAGAAGCGAUCAACUUCUUGGAGAAAAAAAUGAAGAAUGAUCCUGCGUUCUCCUAUGAGGAGACGGUGCAGACUGCAAUAUCUGCCCUGCAAUCGGUUCUACAAGAAGAUUUCAAGGCCACUGAAAUUGAGGUGGGAGUCGUGAGGGCAGAUAAUCCAGUUUUCAGGGUGCUUUUGACGGAGGAGAUUGACGAGCACUUGACCGCCAUAAGCGAGCGUGACUGAGUAAAUGUUUAGCGACUGUUGCACACUAUUCUGGUUUCAGUAGACGUUUGAUGUCCUUUCCAAUUCCAUUCAAAACUGGUGAUUGUUUCUUGUAGUAGAAAUGAUCAAACAUGUGCCAAUACCGCCGUAACUGUCUUUUCUGUUUACAUUAAAUCAUGGGAUGGUGUUACGAAAAGCAAAAUCCCUUUUCUUUCUCCCA